UCACUAAACCGAUCGCUCUUCUCCUCGCUUGUGGACUUUUGUUAUUGUGAAUGACUUUUUUGUCAUUUUUGUUACUUUUUUGAUAAAUAAUUUUUAUCACUGUGCAGCUUUACGGAUUCUACAUCAUCCUUUAUUAUACUUUAUUUAUUAAUAUUUUUCACUUUAAUUGUUUCUGAAAAAAAAUCACCAUGACCAAGAUGCUUUUAAUUCAGCCGACAGAGGAGAUGUCUAAACUCAUUCGAGUUGAACUAAAUGAAAACGUUGAAACUAGAGACAAAGAUUUGGAGCAUAUUAAAGAAUGGUUGAAAAAACAGCCUCAUCUCCCGGAUUCAUUUGAUGACUUAAGGCUAAUGACCUUCCUUAGAGGUUCCAAAUUUUCUCUUGAGAAGUGUAAAAAGAAGCUAGACAUGUAUUUCACAAUGAGAGGAGCCGCGCCUGAGUUCUUCAGCAACCGGGAUGUCACAAGGCCUGAGACACGAGAUGUUCUUGAUUUAAUAUAUAUUCCUCCAUUGCCUGGAUUAACCAAAAAUGGUCGACGAGUCGUAGUAAUGAAAGGAAAAGAUAAGGACAUCCCAACACCAAAUGUUGCCGAAGCAAUGAAGUUGGUAAUGAUGAUCGGCGACAUUAGACUCAAAGAAGAACUAAUAGGUGUAGCUGGAGAUGUUUACAUUCUUGAUGCAUCAGUAGCAACGCCAGCUCACUUUGCUAAAUUCACUCCAAACUUAGUUAAGAAAUUUCUCAUUUGCGUUCAAGAAGCCUAUCCAGUAAAGCUUAAAGAGAUCCACGUAGUUAAUGUCAGUCCUUUGGUCGACUCAAUCGUCAACUUUGUCAAGCCUUUCCUAAAGGAAAAGAUCCGCAAUCGUAUUUUCAUGCACAGCGAUAUUACAACUCUUUAUGACUAUAUACCGAGAGAAAUAUUACCAGCUGAAUAUGGAGGUGAUGCUGGACCAAUUCAGGACAUCAAUAACACAUGGAUCAAAAAGCUAGAAGAUUACGGACCAUGGUUUAAAGAACAAGAAGCUCUGAAGUCCAACGAAGCUUUAAGACCAGGAAGACCUAAAACUCAAGAUGACUUGUUUGGUAUUGAAGGAUCAUUCAGACAAUUAUCUUUCGAUUAGAUUUUUUUUCUUUAUUUAAAUCAUUC